GUGUCUGUAGCCGUUUGCUGUCCGCGGUGCUGAAAUCACGGCGCGCAACAACAAUGUAACGGAGAUGAAAGAUACAUGCGGAGAUAUACAUCAUGGACGAUGAUCUGUUCCAGCUAAGACAGCUACCUGUGGUGAAGUUUCGGCGUACUGGCGAUAGCACAUAUUCAGAAUAUGAGUGUGGAACGAGGGAUCAGAUGGUACAGGUCGAAAGCGUAAACACUGAUACAGGAUCUGUGGCUCUGUCUGAUGGAGCUCCAGUACCACAAGAGUUUGCCAACCCUACUGAUGAUACCUUCAUGGUGGAAGAUGCUGUGGAGGCCAUCGGCUUUGGUCAAUUUCAGUGGAAGCUUUCUGUCCUCACAGGCCUUUCCUGGAUGGCAGAUGCCAUGGAGAUGAUGAUACUCAGUAUCUUGGCUCCUCAGCUACACUGUGAAUGGAGGCUCCCCAACUGGGAGGUGGCUCUGCUUACUUCGGUGGUGUUCAUUGGCAUGAUGAUCAGCUCUUCGUUAUGGGGGAACAUAUCUGACAAGUAUGGGAGAAAAACAGGUCUGAAGAUGAGUGUUCUGUGGACUCUAUUCUAUGGAAUCCUCAGUGCAUUUGCCCCUAUUUAUGGCUGGAUUUUGUUUCUCCGAGCUCUGGUUGGUUUUGGUAUUGGAGGAGCUCCUCAGUCAGUGACACUGUAUGCAGAGUUUCUGCCAAUGCGCUCCAGAGCAACCUGCAUUCUGCUCAUUGAGGUGUUCUGGGCUCUGGGCACAGUAUUUGAGGUGCUGCUGGCGAUCUUGGUCAUGCCGACACUGGGAUGGCGUUGGCUACUCGCUCUGUCCACAAUCCCACUCUUCAUCUUUGCCAUCCUCUGCUUUUGGCUGCCUGAGAGUGCUCGCUAUGAUGUUCUGUCUGGAAACCAGGAGAAAGCUCUGAACACGCUCAAACGCAUCGCUAAAGAGAACAAAGUCCCCAUGCCACUGGGCAAACUCAUAGUGGCACGGCAGGAGGAAAGAGGGAAGAUUAAAGAUCUCUUCUUGCCUCAUUUCCGUUGGACUACAGUUCUUCUCUGGUUCAUUUGGUUCUCUAAUGCAUUCUCCUACUAUGGCCUUGUGCUGCUUACCACAGAGCUUUUCCAGGAGGGAGGUGCAUGUGGACGGACUAACGGCAGUAAAACAGAGCCAAGCUGUAAUUUGGAGUGCAAGUACCUAAACACAGAUGAUUACAAAGACCUGCUGUGGACAACGCUUUCAGAAUUUCCAGGUCUUCUGGUGACUCUGUGGGCGAUCGAUAGGCUGGGGAGGAGAAAGACCAUGGCGCUGUGUUUCUUCGUCUUUUCACUCUGCAUCGUGCCACUCUAUGCCUGUGUGGGCAGGACGUCUUUAACAGUGCUCAUCUUUAUUGCGAGGGCGUUUAUUGCUGGAGGUUUCCAGGCAGCUUACGUUUACACACCUGAGGUAUAUCCGACAGCGACUCGAGCUCUAGGUCUGGGCACAAGCAGUGGCAUGGCCCGUGUUGGGGCUCUCAUCACACCCUUCGUGGCUCAGGUGAUGUUGGAGUGGUCAGUGUAUCUGACUCUGUCAGUAUACUGUUGCUGCUGCCUCCUUGCCGCUGUGGCCUCAUGUGCUUUACCCAUAGAGACGACUGGCCGAGGCCUCCAGGAGUCCAGCCACAGAGAGUGGGGUCAGGAAAUGAAGGGCAGAGACUACAUCCCUCGUUCUAACUCCUCAUCCACCUCCCAAACAAUGAAAGAGGAGGACAGAGGGUAGGACAGAAUGGGGGAAAAAAGUGAGCUGCGCAAAAAAAGGACAGAUGAAGAAAAUGGUUGAUAGACAGAGGGUCAGUAGAGAAUCAAGAGUCAGUAAAAAGACUGAGAAAGGAAAUGAUAGCAGAAAAGUAUGUUAAAAAAUGGGGCCAAGAGACUGAUAGAGGGGGCAAAAGAGAAGUUUUAUUUGUUUUUGUUUUUUUGAAGAAGAAAAUGGGUUAAGCAUCAAAGUCUGAAUUAUGAAUCAUAUGAUUCAUGUAGUCACAUAAGACUACUUGUUUCAGCGAGUCAGUGAUUCAGUGGGACAAAUGCUUUUUGGAUUUUAUUUUAUCAUAUAGUGGAUGUGUGAGUAUUCCAGCUACUGAAAGCAGACACAUACAUAUCUGCCUGAUGAUUGUACUCACACUAAGUCACCUUUGUUAAUUAUCUCAGAUGCUCUAAUGUUCACUGUGGAUAGGUUCAUCAUUCAGUGUCUACUUCAUGCAGAUAUUAAUCAAAAAUGUUGGCCAUUAGGAUUAGCAUGAUGCUCAUGAAGUUGUGCAAACAGAUCUCUGCAACUUUUCUUUGCUGACCUUUUUAGCCUUUUUCAUUUUAAAGAGUUAAAGAUCUCUUAUGGGAGAAUAAACCAAGAAUUAAAGCAAAAAUGAGAUUUAGGCCAAAAUGUUGGGCAAUUAGCAGUGUUUGGUGUCUGUAUAUUGCUUCUAAAGAAUAGAAGCUUCUAGCAUUUUGCACUGUGCAAAAACAUUUUGAACUGCUUUUUUUCAGUCAUGUAGCCUUAAUGUAGCCUAGCCUAUUAAUAUAAAGUAAAUAAAGUAAUCAGUGCAAAAUGUGCCAAACAAUACAUCUGUGUUUCAAAUUAUGCUAUUAAAGGAUGUACCAAUACUCAACAGAGCAGUUUCAGGUAGGAUUUUUUUCAAGGUUAACAAUGACUUGGGUAUGGAACGCACAUGUUAUACUCUGGCCUCAGAAGCCAUAAUACACUCUUUUGCAUAGAACUAGUUAUCAAAAAGGAAUUCACUAAGACGGUGCAGAUUUUUUGUAACUCCAGGACCAGAUAGGAUUGCUCAAAUUUCCUUCGAACAGCAAACAUUCAUUGUUAAACAAAAAUGACUACACUUUAUUAAAAAAAAAAAAACCUGUUAACCAGCCAUCUUGAAGCUCAAUCACUUUAUUCCGCAGCACCUGCAAUAAGUCUGACAGCAGAAUUGUACAUUAGAAAUGAUUUGUAUCAUAAAAUGGGUUGAUUUGUAGAGUUUAUUUUAAUACCAUGCAUUACAGAACCAAAAUAUUUGCACAGUGCUAAACCGUUAUGUAAGCUUCCUAAAUUUUUAACACAGAAAUUUUGAGACACCAAACAAAUUAGCUGACUGAUUAGAAUUGAGUCAGGAGAUAAAAUUGUAUAUUUAGCACUUGUCCAUUAAGAGGAAAUAUGUUGGCUCUAUUUGCAGUCCAAAUAACUAAAACAUAAUAAGAAUAUUCACCUCUACAGCGAGGGUGCUUUUGGGUGGCCGUGUGUGGAUAUACAAGUGCAUUACUUCUUGUUUCAAGGGGCGUCCGCAAUUUGAUGGACAUCCAAACUAGUAAACUAACCUUUAUGGAGUUUAGCAGCAGUGCAAAGCAAGGGAUUAGUGUCAGGAAUAAUUAAAGUAAAAAGCUUUUGGAACAGAAACAGUGGAAUAGUGGGGAGUUUAUUUUAUUACAAAACCAAGCUUUGCAGCACAAAUCUGCAUAAAUGAUACAUUUUAAUCACACAUACUCUCAGCUGGAGGGCCCAUACCCCAUUCACCACCAAUAGUAAAUUGAAAAUUUGUUGUGCACAGCAAAGCUGUUAUUUUUAACCACCAUGUCACAGCAGCACAUCUCUAA